CCAAUACUCGAAUGGCUGUACAAUUAAUGGUCAAUUGGCUGUCGCGUAAAACUAGAAAACAAAAGAUAUGUCUAGUUAGAAAUCGUUUAAACUUACCUAUCUACCUAACGUACGCGUUCAUUAUUCAGUCUGAAUUUAUGAACUGUUUAAAUUAAAAGUAAAUCGAUCGACAUGGUGAAUAAGUGCAGUGUGACUUGUUGCAAAAGUUUGUACACGAAGGACAAUUCCAAAGUUAGAUUACACAGGUUUCCUUUAACGGAUCCAGAAACAUUACCCUUGUGGAUAGCUGCCACUGGCAGAGAAAAAGAUUGGAAACCUUGUAAGAGUAGUAGAUUGUGUGGCAAUCAUUUUGAAAAAUCUGAAUACAUAAUUGGCCAUGGCAAAGGUGUUUUAAAGACAAAAUCAGUCCCAACAAUUGAAUAUCGUUUAGAUACUAUGAAAUACCACAAAAAGAAGUCGUUAAAUUCAAAUAAUGAUGUGGAGCAAAUGAUCAAUCAUUUAGAAGUCGAUUCAGAGGAUAUUAGUGAUACAAAUGUUGAAAUUGUUCAACUCGAUUACAACGAUUUAGAAAAUGAAAAUCUAAAAAGGGAUAAGUAUUUUAAUAAUGGAUAUCUAUAUGAUAAAAUCGAGAAUGUAAACAUAGAAGAUGAAAAUUGUACACAAAUUUAUAGACAUAUUAACUUUCCAAACUCGGAGAAUGAUUACGACAACAGAGAUGAUAGUGAGGAAGCUUCAAAAAAUGAAAAUGAAGAUUCCAAAAUUGAAAUAAAAAAUGAUAUUUGUAACAGAGAAAACCAAUGUUACAUGUUUACAAGCAGUUUCAAGGAAGGUGCCGAACCUAUAGAUUUAACACCUCCAGAAGAUAAACCAUCUGAAAGACCAUUAAAUACGAAUAUUGAACAAUCAAUAGCAGAUUCAAAUUUUAAUAAAAUUAUGGCCUUAAAAUUAAAAAAACAACGACGCACUAAAGAUAUUUAUUCAUUAUACUUCAAGGCUUUGAAGAAAAAGAAAUUUCAAAAACAAGAAAAGUUUCUUAAAAGUUCUAAUAAUGAGACGGCGUCAUUUGCUGCUUUUAUAGAAGCUCAAAUGAAAGAUUUACGUAAAAAUAAAAGAGUUUACUUAACUACAAAACACAAAAUUCAAAAAAUACUAAUGAAAGCACAGCUUGAAAUAGCAAAUUGAACUGAUUUUGAUUAAAAUUAAAAAAUGGUAAUUUUAUAAGUAAUUUUUGUUUAAUCCUGUAAUAAAUUUAUA